UCGUUGAACAUUGAAGCAGGUAAGGUAGGUGAUGAUGAUUGGGAGUGGGGUUGAGAAGUCAUCAUCAUCAAUAUGCAAUGAUAUAGUAACCCUAAUAAUUUUGAUCUCAACAACAUUCACAAUGAUAAUGGCGCAGCAAAAUGUUAGCAUAGGCGUGGUUCUUGACAUGGAUUCUGGGAUUGCCCAGAUGGGGUUUACAUGUAUUUCCAUGGCUAUCUCUGAUUUCUACGCUUCUCAUCCUAACUACAUAACUAGACUAACUCUUCACACCAGAGAUUCCAAGAAUGAUACCGUUGCAGCUGCUGCCGCAGCUCUAGACCUAUUGAAGAACGAUGAAGUAGCAGCUAUAAUAGGGCCAAUUACAUCCAUGCAAGCCGAGUUCUUAAUUAACCUUGGAGACAAAGCUAAAGUACCCGUGAUCACGUUUACUGCGACAAGCCCAACCUUAACAUCACUCAGGAGCCAAUACUUCAUUCGUGCAGCAAUGAAUGACUUGUCUCAAGUUCAGGCUAUAACUGCCAUCAUAAAGGCUUUUGGGUGGAGACAAGUUGUCCCCAUCUACAUCGAUAAUAACUUUGGUGAAGGAAUUAUACCGCAUUUAGUCGAUGCCUUAGAAAAAAUUGAUGCUCGUGUUCCUUACAGGAGUGUCAUUCCCCCGUUGGCUACAGAUGAUCAGAUCGUCGUCGAGCUUUACAAGUUGAAGACCAUGCAAACUAGGGUUUUCGUCUUGCACAUGGACCCGACUUUAGCUUCCAGGCUAUUCAUCAAAGUGAAAGAGCUUGGUAUGAUGAGUGAAGGGUAUGUUUGGAUAAUGACAAAUUCCGUCGCAGCCAAACUUAAUUCCCUUGAUCCUUUGGUUAUUAAUUCGAUGGAGGGAGUUCUAGGGGUAAGGCCUUAUUUUCCGAUGACAAACCAGCUCCGAAAUUUUACGGAUCAUUGGAGGAGCAAGUUCAAAUUGGAUAUCUUUGGACUUUGGGCAUACGAUGCUGUCACUGCACUAGCCAUGGCUGUAGAGAGAGUCGGAGUUGUCAACUAUGAUUUCGUGAAGGCGAACAUUUCAGUUAAUUCAACUGAUCUAGAAGCUUUUGGAGUUUCUCAAGUAGGCCCGUGGUUACUUCAAGCACUUCUGCAUACUGAAUUUAUAGGACUUGCCGGAAACUUUAGCAUCACUAAUGGUCAGUUGGAUCCGUCUGCAAUCGAGAUUGUUAAUGUGAUUGGGAAUGGGGAAAAAAGAAUAGGAUUCUGGACUUUGAGAGAUGGGAUUGUAAGGGAAUUGAAUGCGGAGAAGAAAGAAACGGUCCCUAGGGAUAAUCUUGGUUCAAUAAUAUGGCCCGGGGAUAGAGUUGUGGCUCCUAAGGGGUGGGUGAUCCCUACAAAUGGGAGGAAGUUGAGGAUAGGAGUUCCAGUGAAGGACGGUUUUAGCGAAUUUGUACAGGUGGUAAGAGAUCCUGAAUCUAACGUGACGACUACCAAAGGAUACUGCAUAGAUGUCUUUGAUGCAGUUGUGGCAGAACUACCUUAUGCUGUUCCUUACGAGUAUAUUCCUUUUGAAACUCCAGAUGGUGAGAUGGCAGGCUCUUAUGACGAACUUGUGUAUCAAGUAUAUAUUGGGAAAUUUGAUGCUGUUGUGGGAGAUACAACCAUCAGAGCAAACAGAUCAAAAUAUGUUGAUUUUACUCUUCCCUACACUGAAAGUGGAGUCUCCAUGAUUGUACCUAUCAAGGAUAAUAAAGGAAAAAAUGCAUGGGUGUUCUUGAAGCCACUUACAUGGGAUCUUUGGUUAACAAGCUUCUGCUCAUUUGUCUUUUCCGGCUUUGUGGUUUGGGUACUUGAACAUCGGAUAAACGAAGAUUUCAGGGGACCUCCUUCUUAUCAAGCUGGGACAAUACUUUGGUUUUCCUUCUCAACCAUGGUUUUCGCACAAAAGGAGAAGGUUGUAAGCAACUUGGCCAGGUUAGUAGUGAUCAUAUGGUUCUUCGUCGUCCUUAUCCUGACGCAGAGUUAUACAGCAAGCUUAACUACAAUGUUAACUGUGCAACAACUCCAACCUACAAUUAACGAAGUCAAUGAACUUAUAAAGAAUGGGGAAUAUGUUGGGUAUCAGAAUCGUUCUUUUGUAAUUGGACUCUUAAAGAAAAUGAAUAUUGAUGAAUCCAGGAUUAGGUCUUAUGAAUCACCCGAAGAACUUGAUGACCUUUUUAAAAAGGGAAGCAAAAACGGUGGCAUCGCAGCUGCUUUUGACGAAAUCCCUUACAGCACGCUUUUCCUCCGUAAACAUUGCUCCAAAUAUACCAGUGUUGGACCCGUAUACAAGUCUGAUGGAUUUGGCUUUGUAUUCCCAAUUGAUUCACCGAUGGUACCAGAUGUUUCGAGAGUGGUUCUAAAUGUGAACGAGGGAGAUAAAAUGGUGGAGAUGGAGAAGAAAUGGUUUGGGGCAGAUACUCGUUGUCCAGAUUCGAGCACUUACAUGUCUUCAACUAGUUUAGGACUUAAUAGUUUCUGGGGACUGUUUCUGAUAGAGAUAGUUGCCUCAGUUUUAGCUCUAGUAGUAUAUGCUGCUUUCUUCAUAUAUGAGCGAAGGCAGCAUCUCUCUGUUGAAGGCUCUCUUUGGUCCAAGAUUAUGCUGCUUGGAAGACAGUUUGACAAGAAAGACUUUUCUUCUCACACGUUUAGAAAGAGUGAAUUCAGAGGUAGGGAUUCAAUCCACAGCAUAGAUAACAUCAGAGGACCACAGAUCCCUCUAGAGGGAAAUUACGCAACAGAGACAUCAUACACUGUCCCAAAUUCUACUUGUCCUCCCACCCCUAGUCCAACGAUCUGCUCCUCAAACCAGACAGAUAGAGAAAUCUUUUCAUUUGAGGGAGCGUCUUCUGAUCAAGAGUAUGGAAAUCCAAAUCGACAAGAAGCAGAAAAGGUUGAUGAUUCUGUAGUUCAGUUAGCUGAUUUGCAGAUGAUUCGAGGGACGCAAAAUGGACAUUCGGUUUCUUAAUCCAAAUUCUAAUGUAGCUAUAGCAUUGUUAUCCAUACUGUGGCUCUAAGUAGCGAAUAAUCAAAAUAAUUUGUACAGAACUAGGUC